UCAACAACUGAUCCGACAAUGUUACUCAGAACGUUAAAUACGUUGAAACACGUAUGCAAAUUGAGGUAAAUAAGAUAUAAGAUGUUUGUGUAGUUUAAAAGGUACAUUUAUUAAAUUGCAUUUAAAUACCGUCCCAACUAUGGACAGAAAUUCGACCAUUUGUUUAUUUGAUGUGGACGGGACCGUCACAGAUCCGAGACAGCCUAUCGAUCCGUCUGUAAGGUCGUAUCUCAUUAAUGAUCUCAAGAAAGUAUCAAAUAUCGGUCUCGUAAGCGGUUCGGAUAUAUCCAAAAUCAGUGAACAAAUUGGAGGCUCCGAAUUUGUGUCUCAGUUUGAUUAUGUCUUUGCAGAAAAUGGAUUAGUGGCAUUUAAGAAUGGCACAGAGUUUAAAAAACAAACAAUUGUCGACUAUCUCGGUGAAGAAAAACUUCAAAAGUUUAUUAAUUUCGCAUUGGGUUACAUGUCCAAAAUCGAACUUCCAUUUAAACGUGGUACAUUUGUUGAGUUUCGUACGGGCAUGAUUAAUAUUAGUCCAGUUGGUCGGUCGUGUACCAAGACGGAAAGAGAUGAAUUUGAACAAUACGAUAAAAUUCACAACAUAAGAAAAAAAUUUAUAGAGAGCAUAAAAGAACAAUUGCCAGACAUUGGUCUUACUUACAGUAUUGGAGGUCAAAUAAGUUUCGACUGUUUUCCUGUUGGUUGGGACAAGCGGUUUUGCCUUCGUUACUUAGAAAGCGAAUUUGAGGGCAACAUACAUUUCUUCGGAGACAAAACAUUCACGGGAGGAAAUGAUUAUGAAAUUUUUAAUGACUCUAGAGUUGUUGGACACACGGUUACUAAUCCAAAAGACACCGUUUCACAAUUAAACAAUUUGUUUAAUAUUACAAUAUAAAAAAGCAUUGUACAAAUAUAUUUUAUAUAUAUAAUAUACAUGUUAACUCAAAUAUGAGCAAAUAAUAAAUUAAAAAUAAUUAUCACAA